ACACGAUUGUUGGAGGGGCGGGCUGUAAAGUGCGCGGGCUGCUGCCUGGGUGCCUCCAUCCUUCAUCCUCCAUGACGUAAACAAACCAGCAGGGAGGUGCGGCGUCCCUCGCUGCACCACCACGUUUGUCCAUCUCUCCUCACUCACCAUGGACGGGGACCUGGCUCUCCUUCUUAGCGUCUACGAAGGACAUGGGCUGACUCCACAGAAUGGCUGGAAUGUGGUGGUGGUUGCCAGACUGCAGGAGAAUGAGCUGGCCACCAGUCCUGUUCCACUCGUCUCUCAGCCCAAGUUUGAAGUGGAGAUGUCUUGGACAAUCACCUCUGACAUGCUGUGCAUGUUGAGGAAUUCAGGUGUCUCAGUGCAAGUGGAAUGCCUGGCACAGCAGCAGCAAGGAGGCCAGCAUCACACCCUCGGCUAUGCAUUGUUACCACUGCCCUUACCUGACCCUGAUGUGAAGAUGGAAGCUCAGUGGUAUAGUCUUAAGAAUGGUCCUCAUACCAGGGCUGCAAUGUUCCCAAGUCUGUUGCUUGGCUUGAACCUGAAGCGCAUAGGUUUUGAGGUGCUGGAAGAUUUUAUCUCACAAAAACCCAAGCAGAAUGCAGUGGAAGUUGAUCUUGAAAUGGGUUCUUCAUCCAAAGAUUCAAAAUUACACUUUGUGAAAGCUUCUAGUGUUCCCCAGGAAACUGAUAUGUUUUCAAGAUUCAGAAAGGCUGGGGAAGGAAGUGGCAAUGGUCCAUCCCAUAAGAGACUGUCUUUUGUCUCAAAAGAAAUUGAUGAGAUUCAGUUGAUGGAGGAAUCAAAUGAAAGACAUGAUGCGGUGAUCACUGAAGAUGGUAAAAAGAACAAUGAAUGUAGAUUUAAUAAAUACUCUUUACAGAGUAAGGGUGCCCAGUCCAUUGGCAAAUCAUUUGAUUCAACUCAGAGUGUACAAGAAAUUAAUAAUUCCCUGUAUGGAAACUCAGUUCCUGGGUCUCCCACAAUAAAAGGUGCAUUAUUACCUGUUCAAAGUAGGAGGAGCCUACAGCAGUCAGCUUCAAUAAGCUCAUCAGUGAAGGAGAAUGGUCAUAGAACAGAUCCAAAACCCUCAUCCAGCAAGAUUAAUGAUGUGGUGGCCCUCCCAAGCACCUCAGGAGCAGCAGUAGGGGCAACAGAGAAGUUGCGUGCCAUCCCACUUCUCAAUGCACAAGGCUCUUAUUUCCAGAUUGGUCCUGCAGGGGAGCCAGGUGAACAGAUGUUUGAAUAUUCUGUCACUAUUGUAUUUGCAAAAUUCCUGGACCAGCUGGUGCCUCCAGACAUGGAGAUUCGUGAACCUAACAACACCAUGUUCUGCUACUCUCUGCUGAGCCACUUUGUAUAUGGAGAGCCCAUUAAAGAUCUGGCUAAUCCAGAUUUUCAGGCAGAAAAUGCAAUGGGAAGAAUCUGUUCCACUGUUCAUAAUCUGAGCGAGUACUUUAUGCAGCACCCAGAUCUGCCUAUCAACCUCACAGUAGGAGAUGUAUGUCUUGCCACUGCAACUGUGAGACUGUCACCAUUUGCCAGCAGUAUACUGACUGGAGGUUUGCCUGUUCAGGUGGAGGGCAGCUAUCCUUUGGUACCUAAUUUGUUUAGUCCUUUGGGAUGGAAACCCUCUGGAGAGCCUGUUGUUGGUAUCAUUGUCACUCUAUCAGCAUCAAUUGGGCCAGAACUCCCUGUGCUGCCAUUCUCUGCUGGAGUGAGGGAUGUUAUGAACAGUGACAGAGGUUUUCACCCAAUGCUGGACUGCUCCUCAGGAUCCUCCACCAGGUCCCUUUCAGAUUCUCAAGAAGAUUCUAUCAUGGACUGGGUUGAUCAGAAGGAUGGUCCAAGUCAUUCUAGAAAUCAUGGGACUGUAGCCAGACUUGGUUAUAAACAUAAAUCAAGACAUAAAACAUGGCAUCAGAUGGCACCACUGGAGUGGAGUGCACGGGAGGCAGAACUGCACCACCAUUUGGCACAAGAGUGGGAAUCACAGAUGAGUUCCAUGGAAAACCAGCUGCAGCAGCGUCUGGAGCAAUGUCAUACCUUGCACAAACGCCUCACAGAAGGUCUUCAUGCCUUGGAAAGCCGAGAGAGGAGUAUCAGCCUGAAGGAAGAGACUAUUAAAACACAGAAAGAAGAUUUAAAGCUGAGAAAAGCCGAAUUGAAACGGCUCUUGAAAGAAGUUGAUAAAAUUUCCAAAAAGGAAAGAAAAAAGGUGGAAGAGGGAGAACUUGUAAAUCUACAGCAACAACUAAUUCAUGAGAAACGACAGCGACGAUUACUGCAGAGGCAGGUGAGGGAACUUGAAGAAACCAAAAGAACAACAGAGAGUACUGUGGAUGCACUCAGACUGGGGAAUCAAAUAAAAGAUGAAGAUAUCAAUGUUCUCAAAAGAGAUAAGGAGCGGUUGCAGGAGGAGUUGACAGCCUGUAGCCAGAGAAAAGAUCACUACAAGAUGCAGUGGGUCAAGGCAGUGCAUCAACUCCGGGCUGAUGUGAACACCUACAGAGUGGAUGUUGAAAAGUCAUCCUCGAACGUGCAUCAGACCAGGAACUCCAUCCAGUACAAAGAUGAAAGACAAAAUGACAGAAGGCACCUGAGAAGUCUACCUGAGCAUAAAGUACCUGAAGAUGAUGGGAGGAAGGACACCAUAAAAGGGAAAUUCACAGACUCAAGCAAGUUUGUAAAAGAUCUUAUCAAUGAAAGAAAGGGACUCAGAAACAUGGUUUCCAAGAGAAAGAGGAUUGAAGAAGAAAAUGAAUCAGAGAAGGAUGAUGAAAUUAAGGUGCUUUCCUCCCCUAGUGAUGUAAGAAGGAUGAUGCAUUCCUUGGUAGACAGGUAAUUCAACAUGUCCAUAAUUCAUGUAGCACAUGUGAUCUCCAUCUUGUUUAUUUUUUGUUGUCAAAGUUAGUAAAUGUUUAGGUUUAUUAUGCAGGAUGGUUGAAAAUUAGAACAAACAUUAAGGAAAAUUAAAUAUUUUUCUUGUUUUCCACUAUUGCAAUAUAUUUAUUAUUGUGAUGGUGAGAAUGCAUUUUAUUCUGCUAUGUGACAUAUAUAGUCUUUUUUAUUGUUCUUUGCAACCUCUCAAUACUUUGGGCAGUUUCCAAGAGAGCACAGGUUUUGUCUCUGUUCUCUAUAGCCAUGGCACUAUUACUUUACUUAUAAAAAAAAUAUACUUUUUUCAUAGCAAACCAUAAAGUAAUUGAUAGGAUAAUGAUAGCAUUGGUCAAAUUAAAUUUGAGGAGAUUGUUUCAUACUUUAUAUUUAUACAUUUCUGAAAAAUAAAUUUUGUUCUACCUCAUGAAAAGUUUACUUUUGGACUGACAUAACACAUUAAUUCAUUGUCCCUGUCAGUGAUGGUUCUUUUUAUACUUCUCUAACAAUUUCAGUCUGUAUAUGUGACCUGAGGAGUAAUGUUAGGGCUGGGGAUUAUGUCUAUGUUGAUCUUUUUUGCUCUUAAUCUGUGUGUGUGUGUGUGUGUGUGUGUGUGCAAGCUUAUUUGUUUAAUUUUUACUUUUAUUUGUGGAUAUUGUUAGGACUGAACAUAAAUUCAGUUGUAGAUAAAUCUAGUUUGAGUCUUCAAGUUAUGGAAUAGUGCAGUUGUCCUGUGUAAGAGACUGGAGUACAUUUUUUAUGUUUUUUGGUGAAAUUCUCAUGCCCAUUUGCUGUGCUAGGUUAAGACCACCUAUGGACAAUGGUACCUGCGAGAAAACUUGCACCUCACUACUGGUUCCAGCCAACAACUGGUGUGACAUAUUUUGGCACUAGACUAAUGAUAUUGGAUUAUUAUUGUUCGGUCAGUAAUUACACACCAGCUGUUUCCUGAUAAAAUUGUGCUUAAUGCACCUGGAUGAUAUUCCCGAAAUGGUCAAUUGCUACCUUUGGCUACUUAGUGUGUUUGGUAUAAAACAAUUUUAGAAUGAUACAAACUGAAAACAUGAAGUUUUGUGUGUGAAAAUAUAAGUAGAGUAGGGGGAUGUGAAUGAUUUGUGAGCUUGAAAAGUUUCCUCUUCCUAACAUCCAGAAGUUUUCUGUGUUCGGCUAGAUUUCUGGAAUAGUACUCUAGCUUGCCUUGUAACUUUUUUUCCUCCCUAUCAGACAAUUCCUCCCCCGACUUUUUUUUUUUUUUUUUCCAAACAAAUGUCACUCAAAGCAGGUAGAUGUAUGGAUGUUAUUGCCCUUGAACCAUCUUUAUACUUUUAUUUCAAUAAAGACUCUUCAUAUUAAA